CAUGCCGGGAGCGCGCAGUAACAGCGGCGGCGGCGGCGGCGGUUCCAGUGGGGUGGUGACUGUGUGGGAGGUAUUCUUAUUUUUGGGGAAGCUGCUGGGCACCGUGGCCGCGCUGAAGGUGGCCCUGUUCCUGCUCCGGGUGUGCUUAGCGAUGGCCUGGAAAUCCGGCGGCGCGAGCCACUCGGAGCUCAUCCAAAAUCUCCGCAAAAAUGGAAUCAUCAAGACAGAUAAAGUAUUUGAAGUAAUGCUGGCCACAGACCGCUCGCACUAUGCAAAAUGUAACCCUUAUAUGGACUCUCCACAAUCAAUAGGCUUCCAGGCAACAAUCAGUGCCCCACACAUGCAUGCUUAUGCACUAGAACUUCUAUUUGAUCAAUUGCAUGAAGGAGCUAAAGCCCUAGAUGUAGGAUCUGGAAGUGGAAUCCUUACUGCAUGUUUUGCACGUAUGGUUGGUCCUAAUGGAAAAGUCAUAGGAAUUGAUCAUAUUAAAGAGCUAGUAGAUGACUCAAUAAAUAAUGUCAGAAAGGAUGAUCCAAUGCUCUUGUCUUCAGGGAGAGUGAAACUGGUUGUGGGGGAUGGAAGAAUGGGAUAUACUGAAGAAGCUCCUUAUGAUGCUAUUCAUGUAGGAGCAGCAGCCCCAACUGUGCCCCAGGCACUGAUAGACCAGUUAAAGCCUGGUGGAAGAUUGAUAUUGCCAGUCGGUCCUGCAGGGGGAAACCAAAUGUUGGAGCAGUACGAUAAGCUACAAGAUGGCAGCAUCAAAAUGAAACCUUUGAUGGGGGUCAUCUACGUGCCUUUAACAGAUAAGGACAAGCAGUGGUCCAGGUGGAAGUGAUUUUCUCUUCUGCUCUUUCUUCUUCCACACACACAAGGGAUGAACAUCAGCUUGACCAGUAUAUAUAACAUUACAGUGGAUUGCUCAUCUCAGUCCUCCAAGCUUUUGGAAAAUCAGCAGCAUCACAGCUUGUUUGGACUUUGUUAAAUACAUUAAUUUCAGCAUGAAAAUGUGUGGUUUUAUAGGGUGUGGAAUUCUUCAGAGAGGCAGAGCCGAAUUGGUAGAGGGAGGAUGCAAAGUAUAAAUUUGUGUAUUAUACUUUAACAUGCACACAUUUUACUUUCAAAUAUUGACAGAAGAGGUUCUGCAAAAUGGAAAACUUAGUUUGUAAUUCUGAUUUUGAGGAGUGGUUUUUCUUUUCUUGGAUACUUAAUUCUAUUCCAAUAUUAAUUUAUCAGAUUGCUUUUGUGCAUCAGAUAACACCACCAUUCACAAGUUAAGAUUCUUGGUAUUUGGAUGUCUGUUAGAUGCUACUAAGAAAAUAAGAGAUGAGCUUCCUUUUAAAGCUUUUGAUGUGGUGUCAUAGAAUAGCAUGUUGUAGAUACAAUCAGCUGCUUUGUUACCUUAAAACUAGGCAUUUGUAAAUAUUAAAACUUAAGAUGGCAAGUGAUGUUUCUUAAACACUCAGCUGUUCAGAUUGGACAUAACUAACAUAGUUCUUCCUUUCUCUCUUUAAAAAUUAUAGGAGACAUGUAACUCAAUGUUGUUUUUUCUGUUUCUAAUUUGCUGCUGAUAAUGUAUAUGAAUUUAACAUGCUGUGUAAGCUGUGUCCUAGUUACUGAACGGUUUAUGCAGUGCUGCUUUGCCAAAUAAAGUUAAAAGUAAAAGAGGCAUUGGUGGUGUUUGAAUAUGGAAGAAAGAACAGAAUGUCCACCAGAUACAGAGUGCCAACUAAGUUCACAGGAUGAGAACUUGUUUUAUGUUCCAUUUUAUGAAAUCCAAGUGGUAAUAGGAGUCAUCCAAUUGUACAGUCAUAAAAUGUGGGUACAUUCCCUGAGGGCAAGGACCAUAUCUCAUUUAUCAUUUUCCUCUACCCUGCACAGGACUUGUCUUGUAGUAGUUAGACAAUAAAUGCUGAGGGAGGGGAAGGAGGGACUUAAUGUUAGGGUAGAGCAAGGAUGAGGCUAAACAUACCAAAACCCAUCUCUCUCCAAUAAAUAGAUUUAUUAAUGUAGCAACCUUAAAGUGAAUUUCUAAGAAGGAAGUAGCACGUUGGAUCUUGUUUAAAUGUUGUGGUUUUAUAAUAGGAUCUUAGUUCUUCUGAGGGUUCUAGAACUUAAGGAAAUAUAAACUCUAGAACUAGCAGAGUUAACACUCACAACAAAGCCCUUCCCUCUGUUGCAUGCAAGUAUGCAUAGUUCUGGUGAAUGGAUCCUUACGUAUUUUUUCUUUAAAAAUGACUUUUUGAAGAAAAUAUGCAUACAUCUUUUCACAGCUGUCUUUCCUUGCCUGAGGUCUUAGGGGAAACUAGCAUUAUUUGGUGCCCAGAACUUCUUGGGUUUAAGUCCAUUGCUGACUUCCAUUUGCUGUUGCUGUUUAUUGCUUCUGGACCCAGGCCACAAACACUUAUGAUCCAGGACUCAGUGUCAUUUGAGGUGGUAGCAAUGGUCAGGAGGGCAAACAUUUCAUAGGACUUCAAACUAAAUUAUUUCUUAAAUUUAUCCUUUAAGCCAUUAUCAAUAUUUUAUCAUAUGUAAAUCCCUGUGUUAGGUUUGGGGGGUAGAGAAAGGCCUAUACUCUCAAGGAGUUUGCCAUCUAGUUGGCAAUUUAUAAAUGUGGUAUAUAAAUGUGGUAAAACAAACUAAAUGCUACCUGAUUGGCAUAGACAAGCGCCUCCAACAUUGUUUAAGCAUUAUUCCUGGACUUGAUGCCUUUGUGAAUUAAAAAUUUUAAGUGUUGAUAAACAGUAUCAAAUUUUAAGGGAGCAUCAAUAAAUGGAUAGUGAUGGAAAUAAUGAAUUGUAACCAGGUCUGAGCUUUUUAAGGAGGUUGAAUUUAUGUAUAUGUGUAGGUCAGAAAUAAGAAAUUCUUCUUUAAUCUUUAGUAUGCAUAAUUUCAAAAAUAGUAUUUCACUUUUCCUUAAUAGAAGUGAUUCCUUUACAUAAUAUGAAGGGCAACAGUAAAAGUAUUUCAGAAAGUUCCAGCCUAGUGAGAUCUGGAUUUCUUCUACAUAUUUGGUUUUAUUAAAGGCCAAAUAAAUUAAGAGUUUGUUUCUGUUCAGGGUUUCAACUCUUUCCCAACCAGUAACACUAGAAAAAAAUGACAUUGGGGGGGGGGGGGAAUAAUUCAUUAACGUUGUCCAAGCAAAUAUGAAAACCCACUGUCCUAAUUUUUUAAAAAUGGCCAUUGUUAAAAGCAAGUUGACCAAGCUCUUUAAAUUGGUUAUAAUGUACAUCUACUAAAGCAUCUUAAAAAUCCAAUGGAUUGUAAAGUAGAAUAACAUUUUUUAAUAAUAAAGCAAUGCUUAUGAAUUC